GAAGUGCAAACUGUUGUCAUGCAAGGCGGGCGUCAGCCCCCCAGACAGUGUCAUAGGAAAGUUACAUUAAAAAAGUUUGCUGGAUUUUUAGACAGGCAUGGCAUCUAAUUAGAAAUUUCUACAUAGAGUAGGGGCUUUGGAGGUGGGUCUGGAAGGCCACGUGGAUAGAAUCAGAGGGAAAUGUAGGUCAGCGACCUGAAUUAAAGGAUUGGAACCCCCAAGGCAGCUUCAGAAGCUGGGGUGUGAUGGGGUAGAUCUCAUUCCUGGCGGCACAUAAGAUCACUGAUACCUGAUUUAAUUGCUCAGGUGGCUCUAAUGUGCAGACAUGGAGAAAACUAACCUAAAACCAGAAACUAUAAACUAUAAAUUCAUCUCUCACCCCACUUAUAAAUAUUUAAGUAGGAAGAAACAGCUUAAUUAGUUAAGCUUAAUUACUACAUCUGGUAAAAUUGUUUAAAAUUAAAUAAGGUCAUUUGAAAGGACUUAAUACAGUACAUUGUAGGUGCUCAAUAAAUGUAAAUUGAUUCUGAAUUUAAUUAUAGCUUAUUUGAGAGUCAUACAUCUGAGAAUCUUUUUAAAAUUAUGGUUUCAUAUCAUACUUUUGCAUAAUUUUGGGGUGUUCGUAGGAUUCUCCAUAACUCAUCUAUGGGCUACCCCUCCCUUUACUCCCACUCCCAGCUCAGAAGCAUUUAUUUUUUAUUUAUUUUAUUUUUUAAAUAUAUUUUUAUUGAUUUCAGAGAGGAAGGGAGAGAGAGAGAGAUAGAAACAUCAAUGAUGAGAGAGAAUCAUUGACCGGCUGCCUCCUGCACGCCCCCAACUGGGGAUCGAGCCCACAACCUGGGCAUGUGCCCUGACCGGAAUCGAACCUGGGACCAUUCAGUCUGCAGUCGGAUGCUCUAUCCACUGAGCCAAACCAGCUAGGGCUCUAAAGUAUUUAGAAUGAACUUAGUCUUUUCCUUGCUACCCUGAGGGGGGCCCAUACAGUGUUGCUCUUGAUUCCCACGCAACUUAAGGGGAAACUUUCACACUGUCCAGAGCCCUUGGUUUCCUGCAAAUAAAGGAGGAGGGUGUCCUCAAAUUCCUUGCAGCAGGAACCCACUGAGGUGGCACCAAUCUUGACUUCCAAAUGGAACAGUGCAUCUACUAAAGGGAAAGUGAUGACAUUUGCAUCAUAAAUCUGAAGAGAACCUGGGAGAAGCUUUUGCUGGCAGCUCAUGCCAUUGUCACCAUUGAAAACCCCGCUGAUGUCAGUGUCAUAUCAUCCAGGAACACUGGCCAGUGAGCUCUGCUGAAGUUUGCGGCUGCCAUUGGACCUACUCCUAUUUCUGGGCACUUCACUCCUGGAACCUUCACUAACCGCAUCCAAGCAGCCUUUGGAGCCAAGACUUCUGAUCCCUGGGCUGACCACCAGCCUCUCACAGAGGCGUCUUAUGUUAGCCUGCCCACCAUUGCUCUGUGUAACACAGACUCUCCUCUGUACUAUGUGGACAUUGCCCCCCCUUGCAACAACCAGCGGGCUAACUCAGUGGGUCUCACGGUGGAUGCUGGCCCGGGAAGUUCUGCGCAUGCAUGGCACCACCUCCUGUGAACACCCAUGGGAGGUCAUGCCUGAUUUUUACUUCUGCAGAGAUCCUCAAGAGAUUGAAAAGGAAAUUUCAGAGUGAAUGGGCUGUUCCAGCUCCCGACUUCACUGCUGCUCAACCUGAGGUCCCAGACUGGUCUGAAGGCGUGUAGGUGCCCUCUGCCUAUUCAGCAGUUUCCUACUGAAGAUGAGCGCUCAGCUUGCCACUGAAGGCUGGUCUGCAGCCACCACUGCUCAGGCCACUGGAUGGAUGGCAGGAUUUCUAUAGUAUAUCUAGUAUGAGUUCCACAUCUUGGCCUCUUAUCCAACUUCAGCAGUCUCAUCUCCACCAUCUGGAGAAUAAAUGGGAUAUUUGCAUGAAUUCCAGACUCUGAACUGAAAUAGACUGCAGUGUUCAUAUUCUUUUCUUGUUAUUAUUAACAGCUCCUCAGAAAAUUAAAUGUCGGCAGAAGACCGAGAAGCCCAGGAGGAUGAAUUGCUGGCCCUGGCGAGUAUUUAUGAUGGAGAUGAAUUUAGAAAAGCAGAGUCUGUCCAAGGUGGAGAAACAAGGAUCUAUUUGGACUUGCCACAAAAUUUCAAGAUAUUUGUGAGCGGCAAUUCAAAUGAGUGUCUCCAGAAUAGUGGCUUUGAAUACACCAUUUGCUUUCUGCCUCCACUUGUGCUGAACUUUGAACUGCCACCAGAUUAUCCAUCCUCCUCCCCACCUUCAUUCACACUUAGUGGCAAAUGGCUGUCACCAACUCAGCUGUCUGCUCUCUGCAAGCACUUAGACAACUUGUGGGAAGAACACCGUGGCAAUGUGGUCCUGUUUGCCUGGAUGCAGUUUCUUAAGGAAGAGACCCUAGGGUACCUGAAUAUUGUCUCUCCUUUCGAGCUCAAGAUCGGUUCUCAGAAAAAAUUGCAGAGAAGGACGGCUCAAGCCUCUGGCAACACAGAGCUAGAUUGUAGAGGAGCAGCUGGAUCUGCUGUAGACCAAGAAGAAGUUGUGGAUGAGAGAGCCGUGCAGGAUGUGGAAUCGUUGUCCAGUCUGAUCCAGGAAAUCUUGGACUUUGAUCAAGCUCAGCAGAUAAAAUGCUUUAAUAGUAAAUUGUUUCUGUGCAAUAUCUGUUUCUGUGAGAAGCUGGGUAGUGAAUGCAUGCACUUCUUGGAGUGCAGACAUGUGUACUGCAAAGCCUGUCUGAAGGACUACUUUGAAAUCCAGAUCAAAGAUGGCCAAGUUAAAUGCCUCAACUGCCCAGAACCCAAGUGCCCUUCAGUGGCUACUCCUGGUCAGGUCAAAGAGCUAGUAGAAGCAGAGUUGUUUGCCCGUUACGAUCGGCUGCUUCUCCAGUCCACCUUGGACCUGAUGGCAGAUGUGGUGUACUGCCCCCGCCCAUGCUGCCAGCUGCCUGUGAUGCAGGAGCCUGGCUGCACCAUGGGCAUCUGCUCCAGCUGCAAUUUUGCCUUCUGUACCUUAUGCAGAUUGACCUACCACGGCGUCUCUCCAUGUAAGCUCACGGCAGAGAAAUUAAUAGACUUACAAAAUGAGUACCUGCAAGCAGAUGAGGACAAUAAAAGAUUUCUGGAACAGAGGUAUGGUAAGAGGGUGAUUCAGAAGGCACUGGAAGAAAUGGAAAGUAAAGAGUGGCUAGAAAAGAACUCAAAGAACUGCCCAAAUUGUGGGACUCCCAUAGAGAAAUUAGAUGGAUGUAACAAGAUGACAUGUACUGGUUGUAUGCAAUAUUUCUGUUGGAUUUGCAUGGGUUCUCUCUCUAGAGCAAACCCUUAUAAACAUUUCACUGAUCCUGCUUCCCUGUGUUUUAACCGGUUGUUCUAUGCUGUGGAUGUUGAUGAAGAUAUUUGGGAAGAUGAGAUUGAAGAAGACUAGUUCAUUCCUACUGCUCAAGACGUGGAAGUGAAAUGGUUUGCCCUAAUCUUUUGCUGAGUAUACAGAGUAACUCAGGAUAUUUGCAGGAUAUUUAGGGUUACCAUUCAUUCACACUUCCAGUGUAGAAGAUGAGAAUGAGGUUUACAUUUUCAUGUGGCACUACUGACUAAGGCACAUUCAUACAUUUGUCAGUGUAACAUAAUGGAGAAAAUUAUAAGCCAAAGGUUCCGAAAAUGAAAACUAAGUAAUAUUAAAUAUUACUAUGUUCCCGAAACUCUGAAUAGUUAAAAAUUUAAAUAUUUAUUUUCUUCCCCAAGCUUUAGGUAAGGAGAAGGGGUCAAGAGUUCAACUUACAGACCUUUUUAUCUCUGAGAAUCAUCCCUUUAAACUUCUGAGGGAGUCUUCCUUACGGCUGGGGUGGUUAGAAGCCUUAUUAAAAUUGUACAAAGAGACUGAUCUUACUCCAUGUUACAUUCCUUCCAACCUAAAUUUCUGCUGAGUUCUUUUUGGAGGGAACCCUUUAUAGCCGAUUGGAUGGCCCAGUGCCAUUUUGAUCUGCUUUUAAGAAUAGAAAUUUAUAAUUUAAAAAAUAUUCUAUAAUACCACAAAUAAUGUGGGUCACCUGAUACUGCUUUUCAGAAUAGAAAUUUAUAAUUUAAAAAAUAUUCUAUAAUACCACAAAUAAUGUGGGUCACAGAUAUAGCAGGUGGUAUAUAGUUCACUGAUGCUGAGCCAAAUCUGUUAUUUAAUGACACUGGCUCAGAAGAAUUUCAGCGCUGUUCAGCUUUCCUGAGCAGUAGAGCCUAGAUUCAAAACAACUUGUCUUUGCCACCUUCAUUCUACAUUCUCUCUUUUACCCUCACCCAGCCUUCUGUUGGUAAGGACAGUUUUAAUAUCAGCUCCUAUUUUUAUUUCUGUUGCUGGAAUAAGAGGAAGCCUAAUAUAUUCAUUCCCAAGCUGAACAAGCUGAGCUUCCAAUUAUGUGCUUUUUGAACUCCACACUACUGUAGUUCAGUCCUGACUUUCUAAAUUCUUUCUAUAGGUCUUCUCUAAUGUGCUUUGGGAGUUUGGUUUCCCACCUGUUUUUUGCAACAGCACCCUUUUGGCUUGCCUAGAUCCCUAUUUCAGGGUUUUGUUAGCUUUUUGAAAAAUUGUCUUUCCUUUUGGUUUGGUAGCAAAAUAAGAUUUUUUUGAAAAGGGCAGAAUUCAGCUGCAGCUAUGAAAAUGUUUUUUCCUACCUUGUCACUGAAAAUUGGGGAAUCAUUUUUAACCAUUUUAUGUGUGUGUAUCCAAAGAGUCAGCAGUGACUAUUUCUGGAUUGUCAAUGAGGAUGCUUAAUCUUAAAAAUAAAAAUAACUUAAAAAUUGUCUUAUAA